ACAUGCGCUCCGCACAUGGGGCAGGGGGAGGCCGGCGAGGGGCCCAACGCGCGGCUCCAGCACCUGCCUCUCGUGAAGAACAGGGGGAGGUGCCGCACGCGCUCAGAUGAUCCAGGAGGAGUGGCUUUCCUGAGCAGCCCCAGCUCAGAAGGAAGUGACAGCAGCAGCGUGGAGGAGAUUUGGUGGCGCGCGCAACGGCGCGCGAAGAUACCGGCCAUACGCACGCGCCGACCGGCUCGCCCGCACCCGGCGCAGGCGCAAGGAGCAUCUUUAGAGCGCACGCGCGGGGGCUCCGGGGGGCAGCCGUCUCUGGCCGCCAUGGAGCGGAAAGUUCUAGCACUGCAAGCCCGGAAGAAAAGGACCAAAGCCAAGAAGGAAAAGGCCCAGAGAAAGCCUGAAACUCAGCAUCGAGGCCCUGCCACCCAUUCGGAGAAUGAUAUUCCUGAGCAAGAAGAGGAAAUCCUGGGAUCAGAUGAUGAUGAGCAAGAAGAUCCCAAUGAUUAUUGCAAAGGGGGCUAUCAUCUUGUAAAAAUAGGAGAUCUGUUCAAUGGAAGAUACCAUGUGAUCCGGAAGUUGGGAUGGGGACACUUUUCCACGGUGUGGUUGUCUUGGGACAUCCAGGGGAAGAGAUUUGUGGCAAUGAAAGUUGUAAAGAGUGCUGAACAUUAUACAGAAACAGCAUUGGAUGAAAUCAAACUGCUAAAAUCAGUCCGCAACACUGACCCAAACGAUCCAAACAGAGAAAGGGUGGUUCAGCUAUUAGAUGACUUCAAAAUCUCAGGAGUAAAUGGUUCCCAUAUUUGUAUGGUUUUUGAAGUUUUAGGGCACCACCUUCUGAAAUGGAUCAUCAAAUCAAAUUAUCAAGGGCUUCCACUACUAUGUGUAAAAAAAAUUAUUCACCAGGUUUUGCAAGGGCUGGAGUAUUUGCAUGCUAAGUGUCGAAUCAUCCAUACUGAUAUUAAACCAGAAAACAUUCUGCUGUGUGUGAAUGACCAGUACAUCCGCAGACUGGCUGCAGAAGCAACAGAGUGGCAAAGAUCUGGAGCCCCCCCUCCCUCUGGCUCUGCAGUCAGUACUGCACCACAGCCCAAACCAGCUGACAAAAUGUCAAAAAAUAAGAAAAAGAAAUUGAAAAAGAAACAGAAACGGCAAGCAGAGCUACUGGAGAAACGAAUACAGGAAAUUGAGGAGAUGGAGAAGGAAGCGAGCCCUCCAGAACCACAGCCUGAAGAGCAACAAGAGGUUCCAAGACCACUUGAGCUGCUCUUAAAAGAAAGCCCCCCAAAUGAAGGGCUACCAGAAAAGACAGAUGACAUUUCUCUUGUAUCAGAGCAAACUAUCUUAAUGGAGGGGGUUGAGAAAUGCAUAACAGAAAUCAAUUGCAAUGGAAUGGUACAAAUGGCUAAUUUCACUGAUUCCAUGAGCCAAGUGUCAGUGAGACUUGAAGAUGACCUUCAUAAUGCCAACGAUUGCAGUGGUCCUUCUCAGGAACAGGAAGAGGAUGGGAGCUGUGCUUACAGCCAAAGUAAUGGUGGCUCAGAGAACAAGAUAAAAGAAGCAAUAUCAGACUCCUGUGUUCCCUUGCUUUCGGAGGUUCUGGAUUCAAUGGUAUGCCAGGGAACUUCAAGUGAGGAACAGUAUUUCAGUGAGCAACAGAUCAGCAACUUACAAGAGAGCAUCAGGGCAGAAAUACCUUCAGAAGAUGAAAAUGAAAAUAAUGGGCCCUCUGAGAACAAUAAAGGAAAAUCUGCUGCUGGAAAUUUCCUCCUUAAUCCUCUUGAGCCUGUGAAUGCUGAAAAGCUCAAAGUGAAGAUUGCUGAUUUAGGAAAUGCAUGCUGGGUGCAUAAACACUUCACUGAGGACAUCCAGACAAGACAGUACCGAUCCUUGGAAGUACUGAUUGGAGCAGGGUAUAGCACCCCAGCUGAUAUUUGGAGCACAGCCUGCAUGGCCUUUGAGCUAGCUACAGGUGACUAUCUGUUUGAACCUCACUCUGGUGAAGACUACUCACGGGAUGAAGACCACAUUGCAUUGAUUAUCGAACUCCUUGGGAAAAUACCUCGCAAGCUCAUUGUGGCUGGAAAAUACUCUAAGGAGUUUUUCACCAAAAAAGGUGAUCUGAAGCACAUCACCAAACUGAAGCCAUGGGGCCUUUUUGAAGUUUUGGUGGAGAAAUACGAAUGGGCCCAAGAUGAGGCAGCUGCAUUCACAGACUUCUUGCUACCUAUGUUGGAGCUGAAUCCCGAGAAGAGAGCUACAGCAGCACAGUGUCUCAGGCACCCCUGGCUCAACUCCUAGAAGCUGAAAUCUGACACCAUGACCUUGUAGUUGAGUUUACAACAUAAUAUAUAUACACAUACCUAGAUGUCCCAGCUCCCCCCUUCCCUGGGUCAGUUUUUCCCUUCUUAAAUUUCAGAGUGAAGCUUCUUGAGGGCUUUUGAGAUUUUAGAUAAAUCUAACUGUUCAUGUGAGUUUGUGUACUUGACUCAGUAGGGACUAUUGUCAGCCAGUGGGCGUCCAAUAUGUUUUGCUGUGAUUGGAGUUUGCCAAAGAGUUUUUAUGGGAAUGUGAAAUUAUCCCCCAACCCACUUCCUUACUCAAGUACCUUCCCCUGAAAGUAUGGGGAAAUCUCCAUUGGGACACACUCCCUUAACUAUAUUGCAGUCAUCCCAAGGGGGAUGUGAAGAGCUGUGAAUCCCUCCUUAGCUCACUGACUCCAGGAGUCAUAUUCUUAGUGCACAUCCAGUUGCUGACAGUAAGAGGAGAAAUGGCAGAUGGCACCAAGGUGGUAGCUCCAUGUGGAGCACUCAACUCUACUUGACUCAUUCCUUUGGUGUCUGCUCUGCUGCUUCGGUAACGUUUUUGUUCUUCUUUUCAGACAUAUUUUUUCCUAGUUUUAGCCAUUGAAUCUUUCGAAACAACUUAUAUGAAAUAUAUAUUUUAGCACCACUUGUUCCCUCAGUGUUCAGGUGAUUUUCCGAAUUCAGUGAAAUCAGCUGCUCUCAAAAGGCAGAACACGUGAACUUGAGUAAGUUUCACAAGGGAAAUGAAAGCAAGCAGGAAUUGGUGAAGGUAACAGUCCCUACAGUACAGUCUAUGCAUUUGCUGGCUGCAGAAAGGAAGCCAGGUUGCUUCUGUUCUGUGCCAGACCUGCCCAACAUGCCUCCCCAGGCAGGAUGUGGCAUGCCAGCUGUGCAUUCUGCAAAAAGAGCAGGAUUACCAAGCAUGUGGCAGGCUGAUCAUGUGGCAGAUCAUGUUGGUCUGCCUUAUGCCAUUAUGUUGGCCUUGUGUGACAGUGUCAUUUUAGUAGGGGUCAGUUAGUUAUCAGCCUAGAUAUACAAUUUAUAUCAUUCUUUUACAGUAAGGAAAGAUGGUGUUAGUGGGCAUCUUUCCAGCCAUACCAUGUGCUCAGUCUUUGAACCACCACAUUUCCAAAGGUUGAUGAAUGUAUCUUCCAUGUAAAUUUGUCCAAGGUGCUGGACUCCAAGAUUUACCUUUCUGAAUAGAAAUUGUUCUUUCGUAAUGUAUUACCAUCAGGACAAAUAAUCUAGUGGAAAAUAGUCCAAUUCCCUCCUCCCCCUAGAGGUGAAGUGUCCGUUUCUGUUUUUCAGAAUAGUUGAAAACAUGGUUGCUUAACAGAAUGCAGUGUAAGGUGUUCAGCUCCUAGGAGGGGGGGGGGGGGUCAGUUGUGACUGACUAUUGUAAGUGUCUUUAUUUUGUCACAUAUGUAAUACUUGUUAGUCUUCCCCAGAAACAUCCUCCUCUAAUGGUAGGUUUGCAGGCAUUGGGAUUUCCAACAGCCUGUCCCGACCAUGGACCAAAUAGGCCUUUGAGGUUACAAAAUUUUCCAAGGCUGGAAACUCCUGAAGCAACUCAAGCCUGUAGGCAUUGUGUGGGACAAUUGAAUACAAAAGCUGCCAGAGUGAGACACUCUUCUCAGGUGUUUUCUCUGUGUGAGAAAUCUCUGUUUAUUAUUAUAAUCUUAAAACACUCCUGCCUUUCACCAAAAAAAGAAAACAAUCUGGUGCAGUUUAAUUUUUGUUUCUUUAAAAAAUGUUAGUGUAGCCAUCAUAUCCCCUUUGCUUUCCAAGUUGGCCAUGAUGUCAUGUGAUGCCUGUCUUGGGGCUUUAGCAAACUCUGUGCUGCAUGUCCAUUUAGGAGAUCGUAAGUAAGGUUCUCUAUGCACAACCUUAAAGAUGUAAAGGAAAAAGUUCCAAAAGUUUUAAUGAUAUUCCUGUUAUUUGGAGUGUCAUCUUCACCUCCCAAAAGCACUUCCGCGCCUGUCUAUAAAAAGAUUUAAGAUGGGACUCGAAUGUAUAAUAAUACUUUCUCUUUGAAUACUGUGAAAACUUGCUGGCAGGGAGAAUUGAAUUUCCAUUGUCAAUGCAACCUAGUUUGCAUCAACAUCCUGACUACCCGAAAGCAACAAAAUGUUCACAGGUAUGGGGACUGCAUCUCUUGGUUCUAAUCUAGGUUUCCUCCAGAAUCGAAGACUGCCACCUCUUUUGCACUAAAAGAGAAGAUCUGGGGUAAUACAAGAGGUAGUUUGUCAGAAUUACCUAUAUAUUUUGUGGCUCUCAGUGGGUUCACUCAACUUCCAAAUUGCCAUAAAGUGCUCACGGACCUAUUUGUACUUGUUUUGUUGGCCUAAAACCUGAAGGAAAAAAUACAUUUUUAUUCUUUCUAUUGGGUGCAUUGUCUUUUUUUUUCUUUGUAAAUGCAGCACAAUAAACAGAUUAUUAAAUAAUC